CCAUCAUCAUCAGUAUCAGUGGCGCCCUCAUUGCCACAUUAUCUUUCACCACCACCAUCACCACCACUACGAACAACAGCAACAACAACAAUAACACCAACAACCUGUUUCCAGUUCAUCUGAAACUAGCUCCAAUAUUUGCCAGGUGAUGCUUUCGCAGCCAUUCAAGUUAUUUCGGCAAAACCAAUACAACUGAACAACAACAACAACAACAACAACAACUGUGUUUUGUUCCUCUAUCAAAAUCGUCCGAUCUGUUCUGGUGACGUCCACAUCCACACCAAUCUCUGAUAACCAUGGACCAGUUUUCAGAGUUUAUUGCAUACAAAAAACUACUUCAGAGGAAAAAUUUUUCCCUAUGGAUGCAAUCUGCUGCUUAUAAUUUCACAGGAGCUCACAAUAUCCUCCAAGAAUUUACCGAGACUUUCUAUUUAUUCAAUAAUUUUCAAGACUUUGUUCUUGUUAUGUUGUACAUUCCUAUUUUCGCAACAGCCCUCAGUGGCAACAUCCUCAUCAUAAUGUCAGUAUUAAAAGAUGUGUCGUGGUGCAAAGCAAGGAAUUUCUUUCUGUUCAACCUAUCUGUAGCUGAUCUUUGUGUCACUUUGAUUUGUAUGCCAAUGGCUGUGGGCAUGCUUAUCUACCGUCUUUGGAUUUAUGGAGAGUUUCUUUGUAAAGUUACUGCUUUUAUGCAAGGUGUUGCAAUAACAAACAGUAUUUUUACAUUGAUGGUGAUGUCUGUGGAUCGCUACCUCUCUUUACAAUACGCACACAGCACUCAACGAACCACAAGUCCUCAACAAGCCAUUGUCAUUAUCAUAACAAUUUGGGUGCUGGCUGCUUUGAUCAUGGGACCAUUACUGUUCAUUCGUGAGAUCGAUGUCCUUGUUCUGCCUACAUUAGAACCCAUGACAUUUUGUAUUGAGAACUGGCCUCAAAACACUGACCGUGAAGCUUAUGCCAUCUUUUUAUUCUUUGUAGUUUACAUCAUUCCAUCAACCACACUGUUUUUGUGUUAUAUUCGAGUAUUUAAAUAUGUCUGCAAGCAGGAAAUGCAACGCGAGAACUCAGACUGUAGCACAAAACGUCUGAUUAGUCGCAGGAAAGCUGCUAGGAUGCUCAUCAUUCUGGUGCUGAUAUUUAUGGUGUGCUGGUUACCUUACAACAUUGUUUCACUAAUAAGUGAUAUUUGGGGCAGUGCGUGGAAUCAAUUGGAUUUACUGCGUUACGCACUGUGGCUAGGACAUUCUCACAGUGCCAUCAACCCCGUUAUGUAUUGGCUUCUUAACAAAAGGUUCCGCCAGCAAGUUCGCAGAAUGUUCCGGAAAACGAAAAACUGUGGCAGUUCACACACUUGUCAUGGAUUUAUCAGUCUACCAACCCCUAAAUAUGUGUAGGAUCCAUACUGUACUGUGAAUGAUAAAGUUGAGAGGGAUGAGAACAACCACAAGGGAUAGUGAGACAUAGUAUGCAAGGUGAGAGACAGUGUACAGGUAUAGAUGUGUAUGUGUAUGUGUGUGUAGAUGUUUAUAAGAAACGGUUUGAAUUUCUAUUUCCAGACCAAAUAAUAAUAAUGAUCAUAAUCAUGAUAAGUAUUUGUUACAAUGAAAAAAUUUUUAAUAAUUAAAACCACCCUAACAAAAAAAAAAAAAAAAAAA